GGGGAGUGUGGUGGGGGAGGUGGUAUUGUGGAUCAUGAAGAGGCUGUUAUUCAGGUACGAGGCAGGUUCACGUCACAUUCUCAGAGCAGUGCUGUGUCCACUGCCCCUCACUCUCUUUCCUGCUCACUUGCCUCCACUCUAACAACACACGUGUGGUACAAGCAGAGGGAAUUGUGCAUGGUUUCAAAUCUUUCCAUGCCACUCUUCCUUUGGAAGUGGAGAGCUAUUCUGAGAAUCCAAAAGACACCAGAGAAGACACACUUCAGUUGGAGUGGCAAGUCUGUUGAGGGAGUGCUGAGAGGACAACCGGCUUCACUGGACGCUUCAGAGAGUAUUUCGAAAAGGACACGGAGGAUUGGGAUCUAACAUAAUCAUGGAUGUACUCGCCUUAGAGGCAAAGGGAGCGGGGACAUCAGAGACGAAUGAGAAGAAAGCUGCACCAAGGCCAAAACCUAAAUCUCAAAAAAAGACCAAAAGGACUGUUUACUUUGAGGUGGAAAUAUUGGACUUAAAGACUAAGGAGAAACUCUUACUCCUGGAUAAGGUGGAGCCCACUGCCACUAUUUUGGAUAUUAAAGCUUUAUUUCACAAAUCAUAUCCAAAAUGGUAUCCAGCCAGACAAUCCCUGCGUUUGGAUCCAAAGGCCAAGUGUCUCAGGGACGAGGACGUUCUCCAGUCACUUCCUGUGGGAACCACAGCCAUCUUUCACUUCACUGACCUGGGACCUCAGGUCACAUGGGGAACUGUGUUCCUGACCGAGUGUGCAGGUCCACUGAUCAUCUACUUAAUGUUCUACUUCCGGCUUCCCUUCAUCUACUCUCCAAAGUAUGACUUCACCAGCAGCAAGCAGUGGGUCGUACACUUGGCCUGUAUAUGUCACUCCCUCCACUACAUCAAGAGGAUUUUGGAGACGCUGUUCAUCCAUCGUAUCUCUCAUGGCACCAUGCCUCUCCGAAACAUAUUUAAGAACUGUGGCUAUUACUGGUGCUCUGCUGCCUGGAUGGCGUACUACAUUAACCAUCCUCUCUACACUCCUCCCUAUUAUGGGCAGCAGCAGGUGAACAUAGGGCUUUACAUCUUUGCGUUCUGUCAGUUGGGAAAUCUUUCCAUCCACAUUGCCCUGCGUAACCUCAAAAAUCAAGGCUCAAAGAACAAGAAGAUUCCUUACCCGAGUAAAAAUCCAUUCACGUGGAUUUUUUGGUUGGUCUCUUGUCCGAACUACACGUAUGAGGUGGGCUCCUGGAUUGGCUUCACAGUGUUGACCCAGUGUGUGCCUGUGGCUUUCUUCACUCUUGUGGCCUUUAUCCAGAUGACCGUGUGGGCCAAAGGCAAACACCGCAGCUACUUAAAGGAGUGCAGAGAUUAUCCAACACUGCGCUCAUCCAUACUCCCAUUCAUCCUGUAGAGCCAGAGGCUGCCACAACACACACAGACACACACAGACACACACACACACACAAACAUACACACACAUCUUCUCACUGACUGGCUCCUUCAUCCAUGUCGAUGUCAGAAAGCAUGUGCCGAGGUUAACAGUGUGGAUACUUUUUAAUCACAUGAACUGACUGCUGUAGGCUGGCUGUUCCUGGUAAAGGAAGCCCUCGGUGUAAAAUACAGAAGAGUCUUAAUUUGA